CCUGGCGGCUGGGGACACUUAGCAAGGGACAGUGAGAGUGCGUGGUGAAUGGCACAGAUUUCUGGUGGUGCCUUAUGUCUGCAAUGAGUGAAGCACGGAAACAAGAGAAUGCUCCCACUCUGGGAACAGAAGAAAGGACCCUUCUACAGCCAAAGCCGCAGAGACCUUGGCCCAAAACCAGGAAGAAUGUGACAGGAUGUUUGGGAUUUGUCAAACGCCAGCUCUUCCAGAUUGGAGAUGACUGGUAUUUUCUCUUCAUUCUCGGCGUGUUGAUGGCUCUCAUUAGUUUUGCACUGGACUUCACAGUGGUCAAACUUCUCAGAGCUCAUCGGUGGCUCUUUGAACAGAUGGAAAGCAGCACUCUCCUACAAUACAUCUCUUGGACGGUGUAUCCUAUUGCAAUGACCACAUUCUCCACUGGCUUCUCUCAGUGUGUGUCACCACAGUCAGGAGGUUCAGGCAUUCCAGAACUGAAGACAAUUUUGACUGGAGUACUUUUGGAGGAGUAUCUGACAAUGAAAAAUUUUGGUGCAAAAGUGGUCGGUUUGACAUGUUCACUGGCUGCAGGAAGUACAAUAUUCUUGGGAAAAGUGGGUCCCUUUGUCCACAUCUCCACCAUGAUUGCCACUUAUUUGGGAAGAAUUCGAACCACGGUUACCAGAGAUUAUGAGAAUAAGAGCAAACGGUAUGAGAUGCUGGUGGCGGCAGCGGCAGUGGGAGUUGCAAGUUGCUUUGGUGCACCCAUCAGCGGUGUCCUGUUCAGUGUGGAGGUGAUGUCCUCUCAUUUUGCAGUGCGUAACUAUUGGCGAGGCUUCUUUGCCGCUACCUGCGGCGCAUUCAUGUUCCGGCUUCUUGCUGUGUUCAACAGUGAACAAGAAACUAUUAUUGCUCUUUUCAAGACAAAAUUCCGAGUUGACUUCCCAUUUGAUUUACCUGAAACAUUAAUCUUUAUCAUCUUGGGGAUUAUCUGUGGGAUACUGAGUUGCAUCUACCUGUGCUGUCAACGCUCGAUGGUAGCAUACAUCAGGAGAAACGCUUUCAUCCUGAAACUUGUGGCAGCAGAGAAGGCUGUGUACUCUGGACUUGUCACCUUACUAUUGGCAUCUAUCACCUUCCCUGACAGUCUGGGCCAGUUCAUGGCAUGCAGGCUCACAAUGAAGGAGCUUCUCUCUUCACUCUUCGAUCACCGGUCCUGGGCUGUGCUGUCUCAGAAUGCAACGCUCAACAUCCAGGCAAGAGUAGACCCAGACAACCUCUGGAUUGAAUGGUGCCACCCAAGCUUCACCUUUUUUGGCACGCUUCUCUUCUUCCUCUUCAUGAAGUUUUGGAUGCUGAUCCUUGCGACCACCAUACCAAUGCCAGCUGGAUACUUCAUGCCAGUUCUUAUAUACGGGGCUGUUAUCGGUCGCUUAGUGGGAGAAAUUAUGGUUAUUAUAUUUCCUAAUGGCAUCAAGUCUGAAGGAGUCCUUAACCCAAUAGUCCCUGGGGGAUAUGCCCUUGCAGGAGCAGCAGCAUUCUCAGGAGCUGUGACCCAUACACUGUCCACAGCGCUGUUGGUCUUUGAGCUAACAGGACAGUUGGCACAUUUCUUACCCGUUCUAUUGGCUGUACUUGUAGCGAAUGCCAUAGCGCAGAAAUUCCAACCUUCCUUCUACGAUGGGACCAUCAUUGUGAAGAAGCUGCCGUAUUUACCUAGAAUCCGGAGCAGUAUGCCGGGUUCUUACGAUGUGACGGUGGAGGAGUUCAUGAACACCAAUAUCACAUGCUUGAACAAAAAUUUUGGCUACACUGAUAUCCUGCGCCUAGUGACCUCGCGUUCUGAUGAUGUAUAUCCUGUUGUAGAGAAUGCAGAAUCCAUGGUGCUAGUGGGAUCAAUUCAAAGGAACGAGGUUGUCAAACUCCUUCAGGCUCACAGGGAAGAGGAAUUCCAGAAGGAUAACACACAUCAGAAAGAAGUGAGUAUAAGUAUUUGGGAAAAGUGCCACAUUGAUCCAGUAACUUUCCAGCUGUCUCCGAGCACAUCUUUACACCAGGGUCAUUGGCAAUGUGAUCAGGUCAGCUGGACGGGAAAAGUCAACUUCCAAUAUGGGCACACAAGCUUUUCGAUCUUCUUGUCCUCCAGCACAUGUUUGUUACCUCCGCAGGGAAAGUGGUUGGCUUUGUAACCAGGAAUGAGCUGAAGAAAGUGAUUGAAGAUCUAGCCAAUGACCGUAUUCCAGUCAAGCAGUAAAUCGUACAGAAGAGGAGAAUUACUUGCUAUUUUACAUACCAUCAUGGAGCCUUGAUUGGAUUCUCUUGUAGCCUGAUAUGUCCCAUCACACGCUCCUUCAGUAAUACCAGCAAACGCAUUAAAGUUUGCUUGUCCUCGGAAUGCACCUUCUACAUUCCAAAACAUUUCACAACAGCUAAAGUUCACACAUCACAUUCUUUUGAUUUCCUCUGCAUCACGAGAUUAUAUAACUAUAGUAUCAUAAAAACUUCAAAUAAAUAAACAGACGGGUUACACCAUCGGACCCCUGGUUGUAGAGAAUAUUAUAAUCGAAUUAUUAACAUUAAAUCUUCAUUGUCUUCUCAGAAAACAUUUGCUGUGUAGCAGAAGAGGCACUUUGAAAUGACUCUUCUGAAAAAUUUUUUGAGGUAUUCGAGAUCUUUUGUCUACCACGGGCCCAUUCAAUCAAGGAUGUUCCUGACUGUUUUGCUCAGUGUUGCCUAUGUUACCUCAUCAACACAGCAGCCAGAACUCCAAAGGUGUUUGUAAGUUAGUAGACAGAUUAAUCAGUUGGGCUCGUAGUGUGUCUGAAGUUGCUUAACAAAAGGGGCCUGUUUGAUUAGGCAAUAGGAAUUUGUAUAUUCAUUGUACCUUUUAACUACCAAACUUUGCUGCUUUCCCCACAUCAAUACCUUGGCCAAUCAGCGUCAAACUGCCUAGUCAGAGAAAUAAGAUUGACAGUUAACUGUUCCUGCUGUUGUGCCACAUCAAUGAUGCUCUAACCAAUCAUCACCCUCUUCUCAUGUUGUAUAAACUGGUGCUCUCUUUCUAACACUUCUACUUCCUGCAGACAUUCUAUAUGUCAAAACAAAGUGUUUGUAUGCUUACCAAUAGUGAUCAUUGCUGCAAUACACAGCGCUAGCCUCUGACCUUACUCCACUGCAAAAGUUUACAUCAUGCGUUUGGCUAUGAGUGUUUAGAUUUUGCAGUCUCACUUUUCAUAAUUUCUCAGCUGCUUUUUGAAAAUAAAUAUUUUGCGACACAAACUCUCCUCAUUCAAUGGUAUUCACUUCUGAGAUUGUUCGCUGAUAUUUCGCAGA